AUGGCUCCUCUCACAACAAAACGACGCAAGUUGGAACAUACAAGUGACGAUGAGGCGCCUCAAUCCCAAAAACCACAGAUAAACAACCGCGAAACUAAGGAUGCUUCGGCAGAUGAAGAGAGUUCAUCAGACGAUGGAGAUGCGAUUCAAUCGAAACCGAAACAUCCACCAGCAAAACGACGACAUGAUGACCAAGAUAGCGCGUUAUAUGCCGGCGGUCUUUAUAAGUCAAGUAUGUUUAAACUUCAAAUAGACGAGCUGUUGAAUGAAGUGCGACCAAACUACGAGAAGCGCGCUGCUGGAAUAAAAUCCGCAUUACACCAGCUUAAGAAUGUAAUUGAAGGCAUUGAAGAUCGGGAACCCCUCCCUAUACCUGAUGCCAUCAAGCUGUUCUCCAAAACUCACAAAAUUGCCAUUCCCUUUCCUGAUCCUAAACCCGAUAAUAAUGCAGCCUAUAAACUUAUAUAUUCGAAGCCAUCCGGAAUCAACGUUGUCGGGAGUUAUGCAUUGGGAACUAUGGUGAAGUCCGAAAGACCUUUGUGUGUCGACAUGAUUGUGAACAUGCCCAAGUCAGUCUUCCAAGAGAAAGACUACCUUAAUUAUAGGUAUUUUUAUAAGAGGGCGUACUACUUGGCAACAAUAGCAGCUGGACUUCAUACUGCAAUGCCGGAUUUAUCUUUAGAAUAUGAAUUUUUGAACGGAAACAGCCUACAUCCUAUUUUAGUAGCUCGAUGGAAAGCCAACAAAAAAAUCGAUACAAGUUCUCGAUUUGAGGUUCAUAUCAUACCCGCUGCUCCUCGAGGUUUCUUUGCCGAAGCCAAGUUGCUCCCUACGAAGAACUCCAUCCGCCCUAAGGAUGGAGCUGGUAAUGACGUUGCUGCCGCUGAACCCUCACCAUUCUACAAUUCAUCGUUGAGCGCGGAUUGUAACUUUGAAUCGUAUCUCCAGCUCCUGCAUAAUGCAUCCAAGACAUCUGAAGGUUUCAAAGAUGCGUGUCUGCUUGGCAGAAUUUGGCUUCGACAGAGGGGUUUUGGCAGUGCUAUAUCUCAGGGAGGGAUCGGACAUUUCGAGUGGGCAGCUCUGACAGCUCUUUUGUUGAAGGGAGGUGGCCCAAGAGGACAUAGUCUUUUAUCUCCCGGAUAUAGCAGUUACCAAAUGUUUAAGGCUGUGGUACAGUAUUUAUCGAAUACCGAUCUAGCCAAAAAGCCGAUGCUUUACGAGGCAUCAGAUUUCCAGGCUGCAAAAUCUGACGUGCCAAUGUUCUAUGAUGGCCCACGAGGUGUCAACAUUCUAUACCGAAUGACUCCAUUUUCUUACGAAUUACUACGUGAUGAAGCAAAAACUUCAUUAACGAUGCUCAAUGACUCUGCUUUCGACCAAUUCGAAGCGACUUUCAUCACAAAGGCCGAUCAGAUUCUGCAGAAGUACGACUGCGUCAUAAACAUUCCUGUACCUGUCGAAAAAGAUGGCUUGUUUAGUUGUGAUCAUAAGAUUCAUGCUACUACCUUCGCCAAUCGCGUGUUUGCUAUCUUAAAGGAGGGCUUGACCGAUAGGGUCAAACUGUUGGAUAUUAGAGGUAUCGAAACAAGCCCUUGGCCAAUAAAAAACUUGGGGGCCUCGACAAAUAAUGACCAAACUUUGAAUCUUGCUGUUCUCUUUGACCCGGCGAAUAUCAGUCGUUUAGUUGACCAUGGUCCGCCAGCGGAAGAUAAGAAAAAGGCAGCUAAAUUCCAGAAGUUUUGGGGUGAAAAGGCCGAGCUACGACGUUUCAAAGAUGGAAGUAUCCUUGAGAGUUUAGUAUGGUCACCAGGCUCAAGUUAUUCUAUUUUCGAGGAAAUCGUCACUUAUCUUACGAAGCGACACUUUGGUGCUGAGCUGAGCAAAAAGUUAAGCUUCAUUGGUGAAGGUUUUGAGAAAAUACUGUCUUCAUACGGGAGUAGCGGUAAAGCCUUCGAGGUCCUCAGACAGGCGUACGAUUCUUUCGAAAAAGAUAUCAGGGAUAUGGAGAGUUUACCGUUACAACUAAGACAACUUUCUGCAGUGGAUCCUCAACUGCGAUCUUCGUCGAUUGGACUUCCAUUAUUUGCACCGAGACAGCCUCUCCAUACUCCAGCAGGUGUGCUGAUUCAAUUCGAGGGAUCUGGUAGAUGGCCAGAUGAUGUUGUUGCCAUUCAAAGGACUAAAAUCGCCUUCCUCCUCAAGAUUGGCGAGCUAUUGGCUGAGUCCAAUGACAGCAUAACAACAAGACUCGGCAUAGAGAAUGAGGAUCAACCACUCCAAAACUGUGCUUUUUUGGAUGUAUUCUAUCCAUCAGGUGCCACAUUUCGUCUUCGAAUUCACAAUGAACGAGAACAAACACUUCUCGAGCGUCAGGUUAAGGAUAAGUCCAGUGAUAAUCGAUCACGAGAAGAUGCAGUUUCGGCACUUUCUAUCUAUAAAAGCUUCAAUGUUCAGCUCCCAUUACACACGCAGUCGAUAUCAACUCAUUGUACUCGAUUCCCUCUCCUGUCACCAACAAUUCGUCUUGUUAAAAAGUGGUUCGAUCGUCACAUGCUUUCUAGCCAUAUCAGCGACGAGCUCAUCGAGCUUUUGGCAGUUCGAGUCUUCUUACAACCUUAUCCCUGGAAGGCACCAUCGAGUGCUAUGUCUGGAUUUUUGCGAACCUUACUUUUUAUUUCGAAGUGGGAUUGGCGAUCAACCCCUCUUAUCGUAGACUUCAACGCCGCACGAAUGACGGCUCUUGCGCGAUCAGCUUGUAAUGCCGUCAAGGACCAAAGCUUGGAUUUGGAUACCAGAUCACUAUUUGCUUCGUCCACUAAUGACUAUAACUUUGUCAUUCAUCUAAACCCUAAGGCUACUGGUAUUUCGAAGGCUAAGGAUUCACAUCGUUUCAAGAACCUUGAAGUGCAGUCCGAAUUGAGCAUUGACAAAGUCGACUAUCGACCCCUUCAAAUGUUCAGCGAAGAACUAGAGAAUCUAUACAAUGGAAGUAUCGUCUUCUUCCGUGGUGCAACAGAUAUGACACGCAUUGGAGGGCUAUGGAAUCCGCAGACGGCAGUUCCAAGAGCGUUUAAGGUAAACUUGGCAUAUGCGGCCAAGCCUCUGGAAGAAAAAGGUGAUGAGGAGGAAGAGGCAAAAAAUGUCGAAAUCAAUAAAUCUGCGAUGUUGGCGGAGAUUGCUCGUUUGGGAGGUGACAUGGUCUCGAGGAUAGAAAUUCAUUAA